CGGAAGAGGAAGGUGGUCAGAUGAGAACUGACAGUGAAGCGGAACAGCAUCGGAGUGGGGGCGCAAUGGCGGUCUGCUAGAGCAGGUCAGGGGGACAGGGGGCUUCAGAAGGGGCUUUGAAAGCUGCUUGUUCGCAUACAACCAACCUUCCAGAUCUGCAUUCAAAGUUGUCAGGCUUGCGGCAACUUUGACAGCUUGAAAUCAGCUGCAAUUAUUGAGAUCUUGGGUCUUCUUGGGUACAUUUUUUAGGGCGCAAAGCGCCUGAUUUGAGCAUAGGCAGUGGGUUCCUGGUACAGUGGUAAAUAAAAUCUGUCUUUGGCCUGAUUCAAGGUCAUUUCCCUUGCAGUUCUUGCUAAGAGCCCUUCUAAAGAAACUUUGUUGGCGUACUCUCAAGAUGUCUAGCUGACGAGCAGCCAUCUUUGGGCCGCUUGUGGGGAAUCAUGCCCCCUGGAAGAAGACAAAAGUACUCUCCCAGCCCCCCACGCUGGCUUCAUCAAGCCCCCCAGUAGACCCGGCGACUUUUAACCCACUCGCCGAGAUUGGUUUCAGCAUGGGUGAGCCAGAUCCCGUCAAGUUGGAGCCGCACCUGGUUGCGCAGCCUGUGGCAGACUCAGAGCCGCAGGAGCAGUUGCACCAGGCCACAGGGGAUGAUUCACACCAGGCCAUUGCGGACGGUUCACACCAGGACAUGGCGGACGAUUCACACCAUACCAUGGCGGACGAAUCACUUCCGGCCAUGGGGGACGAUUCACACCAGGCCAUGGGGGAAGGCUCACACCAGGCCAUAGGGGCCAAUUCACACCUGGCCGUAGAGCCGCAGGAGAAAGCGGAGCCAGAGACAGAGCUGCAAGAGAAAGAGCUUAUGUUGCUGGAGCCCCAGGAGAAGCUGUAUGCAUCGCCGGACUCGCAGGGGCAAGAGAAGGCUUACUCAGACUCGCACGAGAAGGCGUACAACGAGCAGAACUGGCAGAUUGUGGCUCUGGGGAGCGUGUGCCAGCUAGAGGGGUGCAAGUAUGCGGGGGAGAACGGUGCCUCACGGCGAAUGCACCGGCACUGCCUGCAACUCACGCCAACGGGGGCGAGGUGUACGUACAAUACGGAGAGGACGUCGAACUUGCCGGGGCAUGACCGGGUGCAUUUGAAGGGGGAGUUGGAGAAAGAGGAAGCAGGGCAUGGUGCGCAUAGUGGCGACAGCGGCAAGCCGAAGAAGAGCCUCAAGAGGAAGGCGGAAAAGACCCUGACUGAGGGCCAACAGACUGCGUUUGCGGAUGUUGGGGCGUCAAUCGAGCAAAUGGCCGAUCUUCAGAGAAAGGGAAUUCAAUUCGUGGAAGAUUGCCGGUUGUAUCGACCAAAGGAGAUCAAGGACUGCUUGCUCGGAAGCCCUCGGGAGGAAAAGCGCGAGACAGAGGCACGACAACUACUCGUCAAAAUAGAUUCCUUUCUAAGAAAGUCGGGGUGCUCAAUUGGGGACUUGGAUCUGGGCUUCGGUGAAAGCUGAGCGUGUGUUUGCGGUUUGAGUCCUGUGGCUUGGCUUGUGCGCUUGCUAUUUGUAUAUACCAUAGGAAUUUAUCGGCACCCUGAUGCAAUAAACGCUGCAUUAGACCAACUGGAAUAGAUCACUCAACGAGCAGAAACGAGGUGAUUCAACGUAUGCACACAGAAGCGCAGCCUUACAGAUGGUCGUAAGUAGAUAGUUACUGCUUCUCGCGUCCCAUGAUGUUGGCAACAUUUUGUCACCCACGACAUCUCAGUGUCCCCGUUUCUUGGCUGUUACUAAGUCAGCAUAUACACCC